AAUUAAGAUAAUUGGGUUGCACACAAAGAAGAUUGAGGUUCUGCCACAAAAUAGCGGUAACAAUUGUCCAUUGUUGUUCGGGUCUAGAAGUUUUGAUAGUAUCUAAGACAUUGAUUGACAGGUUUAAUUACUGCGAAGAAAGGGGGAUGAAGAAGGUUGUAAUGAAGAUAUCCUUCAGUUGUGGGGAAAGAGAAAUCGUUUUGGUGAUAACAUAGUUGGUAAAUCUCUAUGCAAACAAAUCAUAUGGACUUCGGAGGCCCUAAGUUCGAUCUUAUUGGGAGCAAUACUAUUUUGGUCACGCACUAGAGUUAUGCCCAACUUAUCUUGUCGUCUGGUGGAAACUUCCAUGCACAUAGGCCUGUUUGCUUGAGUUUAAGUCCAUAUCGGAUGUUCAAAAAAUCAAGUUUGUAUAGCUUCAUUAUUGGUCAAAAAAAGAGAGCAAAACUUACCAAAGUUUUUCCAGUUUUCCUGAACUGAACUGGAUCUGAACUUAACAAGCCCAAGCUCGCCUAAUGUUUACGAUGGGUCAGACCAGUGGGCUCAGUUAUUGGAUUCACAUAAACGGCCCAGUGGGCUGGGAUAAAGCCACGUGGCAUAUGAAUGAAGAAGGCAAUUUUGCCGCGCGAGGAGGACAACCCCAUCCUCUCCCACAGAGCAGUAACAGCUACAAGUAUGGCAGUUGUGGACCUGGUCAACGACGCCAUAAAAGCUAAUGCCAAAAGAAGCUUAUUUUCUCUCUCUUAUGGACCCGUCGUGAGCGCCUCACUGUCACCCCCCGCCAUUGUAGAAGGGAAGUCAAAGCCCUCACAAAAACGGAGGGUUGUACGGACCUUUAGAAACCUAUAUUCCUCCCUUCCCCUCAUUCCUCUACUCUUUGCAGAGGCAUUUGGCCAGGGCUUCGGUUUCGGCUUCUCCGAUUGUGAUAUGAGUGCUUGAAUCUUCUGCCCUUUACUACACCACCCACCGACGGAGCGAACGACGUUAUGGCUUCAGUCUCUGGCCCUUUGUCUCCCCAACCAGUUCCCGAGGUUGGCUUCCUUGAGGAUGAGAAGAAGACUAGGAUUGCAUCCUUAAAGAAGAAAGCAAUCAAUGCCUCCAACAAGUUCAGAUCUUCUCUGACCAAAAGGGGUAGGAGGAGUAGUAAAGUCAUGUCUGUUGACAUUGAGGAUGUGCAUGAUGCGGAAGAGUUGCAAGCCGUUGAUGCUUUCCGCCAAAUACUUAUACUGGAAGAACUACUGCCUUCAAGACACGAUGAUUAUCAUAUGUUGCUCAGAUUUUUAAAGGCCAGGAAAUUUGAUAUUGAGAAAACAAAGCAAAUGUGGUCAGAUACGCUCCAGUGGAGGAAGGAGUUUGGUGCUGAUACAAUUAUGGAGGAUUUUGACUUCAAGGAACGCGAUGAAGUGAUGCAAUAUUAUCCCCAAGGGCAUCAUGGAGUAGAUAAGGAGGGAAGACCAGUGUACAUUGAAAGACUUGGUCAGGUGGAUUCUACCAAGCUGAUGCAAGUCACAACCAUGGAUCGUUAUUUGAAAUACCACGUCUUGGAGUUUGAGAGGACCUUUGCUGAUAAGCUUCCAGCUUGUUCAAUAGCGGCAAAGAAGCAUAUUGAUCAAAGUACCACCAUCCUGGAUGUGCAAGGAGUGGGUCUUAAGCAAUUUAACAAAGCUGCAAGGGAUCUUAUUAUGCGCCUUCAAAAGAUUGAUGGUGACAAUUAUCCUGAGACCUUGAACCGCAUGUUCAUCAUCAAUGCAGGUUCUGGAUUUAGAAUGUUGUGGAACACUGUUAAGUCUUUCCUUGAUCCUAAGACAACCGCAAAGAUCAAUGUUCUUGGCAAUAAGUAUCAGAGCAAGUUGCUUGAGAUAAUUGAUGCUAGUGAGUUGCCAGAGUUCUUGGGAGGUACAUGUACUUGUGCUGAUAAAGGAGGCUGCAUGCGUUCUGAUAAGGGGCCUUGGAACGAUCCAGAGAUAAUGAAGAUGGUUCGAAAUGGCAAUCAUAAAUGUACAAAGAAGUCCGAGAGUCAAAACACUUGUGAGAAGACUAUUCCAGAGGAUGUUAUCUACCCAAAGGGAUCUGACUCUGCUGAUGUGGAGCCAGCUGUUGAGCACCCACAAGUCUUUCCGGUACAAAAAGCUGCCAACUACAACUACGAGUUUGUCCCAAUGGUUGACAAAUCUGUGAACUCAACCUGGAAAAAAGUGGUGGAGGACCCCCCUUUAAAAGAUGCAGACUGCUACGCUGUGCAUGAUGCUGGCAGGGUUCCUCCUGAAGGGGUUAAUGCUCCGAUUUACACUGGCGUCAUGGCCUUUGUUACAGGCAUUGCCACCAUGAUCAGAUUGACACGCAACAUGCCUAGAAGGCUCACUGAUGGCACUGUCUACUCUAAGCCUGAUUACUGUGAUGACUCGGUGGUUGAAUGCAAGGCAAAGCAGUUGCCUGCACCAACUGUCUCCAGUGCUGAGUACAUGACUGUCCUGAAAAGCAUGGCUGACUUGGAACAGAGGGUGAAUGUGUUGAGCAUGAAACCCACCAUGCCACCUGAGAAGGAGGAAAUGUUGAAUGUUGCUAUUAGCCGUGUUAGCGCCUUGGAGCAAGAGCUUAUGGCAACCAAGAAGGCGUUGGAGGAUUCUCUUGCUCAACAGCAGGAGCUUGUAGCUUAUCUUGACAAGAAGAAGAAGAAAAAGAAGCUGUUCAACUGGUAAAGGAAGAAAAACUGAAAGCCGGGAGGGGAGAUGCUCCGGAAACUGGUGGUGUGGUGGUUCUCUCAUUUCUGUACUACAGGGCCGCCCAAAUGCACUCUUGUUUCAUGUUUCAAAUAUGUACCAAAAUACCAUUUGAAAGUUUUGUCCCGGAAAUAAAAGUUGUCAUUAUUUCA